AUGGCUCUUAGUCUAACUGUUGAUGAUGUCUCUUCCAUUUCAAAGGAAAAGGAUGUGUGGAGAGUUACUGUGAAGGUGGUGCGGAAGUGUAUGACUCCAAGUUUCGAUCGCUCAAAACUUCCUAAUUCGAUGGAGUUGGUUUUAAUGGAUGCAAAGGGUGAUAGGAUCCAUGGCACAGUGCAAAGGACUCAUGUUUAUAAGUUUAAUCCUUUGUUAGUUGAGGGAUACAUGUUUUCACAUUUCAGUGUUGGUGAUAGCCCUCUGGAUUUUCGUACAACGACACAUGCUCACAGAAUAAUCUUUGGGUUUGAUUCGGUUGUUCAAACCCUAACCGACGUUCCCAUCACUAAGAGUCCUUAUUCAUUUGUUUCUGUUUAUGAUAUCAUGUUCAAUGAUCCAGAUCAGACAUUGUUAUUCGAUGUGAUAGGGAUCCUUACCGGCCAUAGCGGCGAGCAGGAAUUUGAAAAAAAUCAUCAAGUAGUGAAAGUUGAGUGUGCAUUUUUUGGAAGCUACGUCCAAGAGCUACUCUCUGUUUUAUCUUCACGCAAUCUGACCGGCGUUGUGGUUUUAAUCCAGUUUGCAAAAAUCAAGCCUUUUAGAGGUCAACAAAGCCUGCAAAAUGCAUAUGGUGCAACACAAAUCCUCUUUAAUCCUGAGAUUUCUGAAGCUACUACUGUGAGGGACAAGUUUUUUGAGAUGAAUGAACCUGGAUCUCAGAUUCUUACUCAACUGUCUGACUCUUCAAAACCUUCCCUUGAUGAAGAGUUCUUAAAACUCUCAGAGAUGAAAACUUUUGAGCAUAUCAGAGCCAUGGAUGAGGGUAAUGACAUUGCUACAUUGGUCAUAUUUGACAAAGAAGUGAGUGCUCUUCUUGAAACUACCUGUGCUGACUUGGUUGAUUCGUCAACAAAGAAUCCUGCUGGCUCUGGCUCUACAACUCCUGCUGAAUUACUUAAGUUGUUGGAAAAGACCUUUCUCUUUACGAUUGAAGUUAGCAACACUUCAAGCUCCAGGUUUGAGCCAUCAUAUCGUGUCAAGAAAAUUUGUGCAGACCCCGACUUAAUUGCUCAAUUCAAGGAAGCUCUCCCUCCUCCUAAUGACGACACUGCUCCAUUGUUGUUGCUAGAAACACCUACAUCUGAUGAGAGUGUUGAAAACGCGAGUUCCAGUUUGGCCAAGGAUCUUAAUGAAGAGUUUGUUGUUGUUGCCAGUGGUAAUGUUGUUGAUCUGGUGACAAACAAUGUUGUUGAUCCUAACAUAGAAAAAGAAGUAUCCCCAUGCAAGCGGAGCACUCACUCGGAGAAUGAAGGAGUUGGUUCAGCUAAUAACAAGAAGAAGCUGAUCAAGAAGAUUAAGAAGGAGAAGAAUUGA